AUGUCCACAUCUAUCACUGCCAUAUCUCCUAACACUUUGGCUUAUAAACUUACUCCAAUAGCCGCUGCUGCUCUGCUGCACCAUGCUUUUCACCCAUCCAAAGGUCAAUAUGGGACAGAAGCCAUGCUACACAAUACGCUAAUUUUUUUUUAUAGCGAAGGUUAUUACAGCUCUGGGGAUUCUUUCUGGACAACAACAAGUGGUUAUCCAGACGUUACCAAACCGUGGAGUUCAGGAGCCGAGGAGGAGUGUGCUACAUUUCUCAACAACAUUGUUUUGAAGGUCGACUCUGCAUUACCAAGUGGUACAGCUGCUGCCUUGCGAUGGUGGACUGCCGCCAACUCAGUACAUUCAGUAGAGGAUGGUGGUGGCAGAUGGCGUCCUGACUUGAUCUUGAUGAGCGCUAGCUCUGAUAACCCCACCAACCCCAAAGCCCUUUUUCCAGCAAAUUGGAGGAGUGUCCAUGCAUUAGCUGAACUCAAGGACAGGGAGAAGAACUCGGUCCACCUUCACGAGCAGCUUUUUCAGCUAAUGGGGUGGGCUUCAUUCCUCAGAGCUGCAUAG